AGGGCCAUCUUUGGAUGUUCUCGCCGGUCGGACCACAGUCAGUCAUCAAUUGCGAUACUUAUCAAAUUAAUUGGCGGAAAAUUGGCUAAAGACAGGAGAUCCACUGUAAUUCAACAUGGAUGAGGAAUAUGAUGUUAUCGUAUUGGGCACUGGACUCACAGAAUGUAUUCUCUCCGGGAUAAUGUCUGUGAAUGGGAAGAAAGUUUUGCAUAUGGACAGAAAUCCAUACUAUGGUGGUGAAAGUUCCUCCAUCACACCCCUGGAGGAGCUCUAUAAGAGAUUUGGGAUUUCAGACAGCCCUCCAGAGUCAAUGGGUCGGGGAAGAGACUGGAAUGUUGACCUUAUCCCUAAAUUUCUAAUGGCCAAUGGUCAAUUAGUUAAGAUGCUUCUCUAUACUGAAGUGACCAGAUAUCUUGACUUCAAAGUGGUUGAAGGAAGCUUUGUGUAUAAAGGUGGGAAAAUCUACAAAGUGCCCUCUACUGAGACGGAAGCACUAGCUUCAAACCUUAUGGGAAUGUUUGAGAAGAGACGUUUCCGGAAGUUCCUCGUUUUUGUGGCCAACUUUGAUGAGAAUGACCCCAAGACCUUUGAGGGUGUUGAUCCCAAACUUACAACGAUGGGAGACGUGUAUAAGAAGUUUGACUUAGGGCAGGAUGUCGUAGACUUUACAGGACAUGCCCUGGCCCUCUACAGGACAGAUGAUUACCUUGAGCAGCCUUGUCUGGAGACCAUCAAUAGGAUUAAACUCUACAGUGAAUCUCUGGCACGCUAUGGAAAGAGCCCCUACCUGUACCCCCUGUAUGGAUUAGGGGAGCUGCCUCAAGGAUUUGCUAGGUUAAGUGCCAUUUAUGGAGGAACCUACAUGUUGAACAAACCAGUGGAUGAGAUUGUGAUGGAGGGUGGCAACGUGGUGGGUGUGAAAUCUGAGGGAGAGGUUGCCCGCUGCAAACAGCUCAUAUGUGACCCCAGCUACAUCCCGGACCGUGUGCACAAAGUAGGCCAGGUGAUCCGUGUCAUCUGCGUCCUCAGCCAUCCCAUAAAAAACACUAAUGAUGCCAACUCCUGCCAGAUCAUUAUCCCUCAGAACCAAGUUAACCGCAAAUCAGAUAUCUAUGUGUGCAUGAUCUCCUAUGCUCAUAACGUGGCAGCUCAGGGGAAAUACAUCGCCAUUGCAAGUACCACUGUGGAAACGUCUGAUCCUGAAGCUGAAAUUGAACCAGCUCUCGAACUCCUUGAGCCCAUUGACCAAAAGUUUGUGGCCAUCAGUGACAUGUAUGAACCCACAGAUGAUGGCUCAGAGAGUCAGGUAUUUGCAUCACGGUCUUAUGAUGCCACCACUCACUUCGAAACAACUUGUAAUGACAUCAAGGAUAUCUACAAGCGCAUGACAGGCAGCGACUUCGACUUUGAGAAUAUGAAGCGCAAACAGAACGACGUCUUUGGGGAGGAUGAGCAGUGAGGGUUGGAGAGGGAAUGAAGGAGAGGGGAAUGGAGAGGCAGUGAUCACUAGGAGCAGAGGGGGAGAUAUGGCAGGAUGAGUUUGCAACAUGAUCUCAGUAGUAUUCAUUGAUAUUUACACAUAAAAAGUUGUUCUAUUAUACAUACAUUUUCACAUGCUUGCAUAUACACCGAAACAUGUGAUACUGACAGCAUCUAAAACCUAAACCCUUUUACGAUUGAACAACUUAGAGAUUGUUUUUUUUUUAGAUUUUAGAGAUUUUCAUUAAAAAGGUCUUUAUCAGACAAAGCAAUUUCCAACAUUCACUCAUAAAAGCAGUAAUGUUUUAGAUGCCGUGAAGACGCUGUACAAAAAAUGUAUGUGUCACAGUUGUGGACAAAUCUCUAUGAAAUACUAAUGAGAUCACCCUGCAAAAAGAGGUAAUGGAGCACAGAAUAGAAAGUAUAACAGUAAUGUUGUAAAUCUCUUUCAACUGUCCUUAUUUUUCCCAGAAUGCUCUUUGCUCAUUGUCUCCACACUGUCUUGUGUCUCUAGGUAUAUACAGUUCAGCACACAGACACAAUGCUCUAUUGCUCACAUUCCGUAACUCACCUAUCUGCACUACAAAAAGUGGGCUCACAGCGACAUGCUAUUGUAGAUUCUUAUAAACGCAGUAUGCAUUGUUUUGCGCAAAUAUCCUGUUGAAGUGAAACACGUGUCUUUUUUUUCUAUGAAUAUUGUCUUUGACUGAAGCCCACACAUAUGAACAAUUCCUUGAAUACUGAAGGAAAUUUAAAAUGAUUUCUCAUGAAUUUAAGUGAAAGGUCCCUAAGCAUUCCCCCCAACUGAUUUGUUGGUUGGAAGCAGUGCUAAGCGUUUCCACAUAAUUUGAGUCUUCAGACUGUUAGUUUGGCUCACUCUGACAUAAACAGCUUCAUUAUAACAGUAGCCUUAUAACAGUACUUCCCUGUAAUUAGGGAAGUGUUAUUCACAAAACAUAUAGUAAAAUCAUUAAACACUAAUCAUUAAUAUCAAUAAACACUAUGGUUUGAGACUUAAAAAAGGAUGUAAUAUGACAUUAAUUAUAUUUACAAGACACAGCAGUAAGAAAAUAAAUUUGCCUUGAAUGUAUCCCACAACAGUCUCAUAGGUAUAUUUCAUUUCAAGAGAUCUAACCCUCAUUUCAACCACUUAAUGGCCAUUAAAGUUAUUUAAUUCUCUUGUUUUGUGGGUGGAUAUUUUUUGACACCUAAAUUGAACGAGAUGUGUAAAAUGUAGUAUUGACGUGAAUUGUAAGCCAUUAACUUGUAACUUACUUUACAGUCUUCGUGCUGUAAAUGGCGUCACAAUUGCUAAAGAUUUUGUUCUACAUUCUGCAUUCUUUUGUUAUCAUGAAAUAAUUCAUUUUUUAGGGAUUGCUGAUAUGGACAACUGUUUUUCCAAAUUCCAAAUGGAUCCAUCAUGAUCAUUUCACAGUUUGUUACAGUAAAGUAGUAGAGGUAGAUUGAAUCUGAGUCUUAAACUUGGAAACAAUUGUUAUUCCCAUGGCUGCAACAGUUUAUGAUAAUGUGAAUUUAUGGAGUAUCAGAUUCUUUGGUGUUUGAUAGUAACCAUAUCCUUUGGUAUUCUGGCUUUUGUAAACUAGGCUGGCCCCAGUCUAAAAACCUGAGAACACCUACUUUUCACAAACAUGCUCUAACUUGACAGUUGUGAUGAACACUAUGCCUCUCCUUGUGAACUGUAAAGAUUGUCACUGUACCAUGCAAUUAAACUGCAUUAAUGUUUUGUUUUUUUUAAUCAGUGAUUAAAACUUAAUCAUGUCUCUGCAUUUACACUUGGCUGUUAGAAAUCAAACUGUCAAAGUUUUAACUUAAGAUUGGUCAUUUUCACCAUUACUUACAGUAUAUUUAUAAAAUGGUCUUAAUCAUGCUCAUUUAUGUUUUCAGAUUAUUUCUAUUGCCAUUAACAGUUAUAGCAGACAAUAGUCUACUGGACCAGCUAAUCUUGAUGUGUCGUUUGAACACUUGCUGUACUGCUUUCAUGUAGAAUACGCAAGAAUUGCUUGUGUGUCAUGUUCUGUUUUUCAUAUACACCUUACUGAGAAAAAGCCUCUUUUUUUCCCCUCUAUGUUCUUACAGAAAACAAGGAGUGGGUGACGAUGAUAAUUUCUUUAUAUUCUUUACUUUUAUUGGGCCAAAGUCACUUAUGGCCUUAUAAAGUCACAUAGAACCAUACAGAUCUCAAACUUUCUUCUUUAUUGCACAGUUAGAUCAAAAUAACAAUGAUAACUGGAAUUAAAUAGAAUUAAGCAUUGCUAUAUUUGGCGGUAUCUCUUGCACCUCUCUAGCAUAUUGUUGCAUAUGUUUGGAUUAACUGUUUUACUGUUCUUUUGUACUGUAUUUAUUUUCAUUUUGUCUUUCAUUUUUAUUGUUGAAACAACCUAACUAAACAUCUUAAAAACUGACACACGAACUUGACAACUUUAAGUUGUGAAUUUCAUCCUGUGUUUGAGCAGUCUUGUGCAACAAAAAUAAAUAUGAAUAAAAUGAAACUCAA